AUGACAAAAGCUUCAGACAGAUACUACCUGUUGCCGGAUGAGGAUGAGCCUUACAGGUCUUGCAAGUCAAAAAGAUUUAUCACAAAGGUGAUGUUCAUGUGUGAUGUAAGUAGGCCACAGUUUGGCACAGAUGGUCAGACCAUCUUUGAUGGUAAAAUAGGCAUAUUCCCAUUCACAGAACAAGUUCCAGCCAAAAGGAAGUCCAAGAAUAGGCCAAGAGGGACAUUAGAGACUAAACCUAUACCAUCAGUUAACAAGGAAGCAAUGAGAGAAUGUCUCUUGAAUCAGAUUAUUCCAGCAAUCAAGGCAAAGUGGCCAGCCAAUGCAAGCAAGGAUAUCUAUAUCCAACAAGAUAAUGCCAAACCUCACCUAAGAUCUUUUGACUCACAAUUUGAUGAGCUUGCAAGUUCAGAUGGAUUUAAGUUCCAUCUAAUCAGCCAACCAGCUAACUCCCCAGACACCAAUGUAUUGGACCUAGGCUUUUUUAGGGCCAUUCAAUCACUACAAGAUGAUAAAGUAGCAACCAACAUAGAUGAAUUACUGGGUAAUGUCUGGAGUUCUUUUGAGGAACUCACACCACAAACUCUGAACAAUGUUUUUUAA